UUAUCGCUAAGCUUUUUUCACAAUUCAAUUCGAGUUUGUAGUGUUGGCUACCCUGCGCGUGACGAGAGGAAGAUAUUUCAGUGGAGGAAGAUCACGUGGUUAUAAAUCUGAUCACGUGAUCCGUCGCCAACAGCAACCGAUACGUAUACAACAUCGCCCUGUCAAAUCUAUUUCAACAUUUGAAACGUCGUAUUUUAUUUCCAUAAUAUAUAAUAGAAAAUGACGGAAGACGUAAAGCCGGAAGUAAUUAAAAAAACUCAAGACAUUCUCGGGAAAUAUUUUAAAAAACCACCACUCACGGAAAAAUUGUUAAAGAAACCACCUUUUAGAUUUCUACAUGAUAUAGUCUCAUCGGUAAUUAGAGAAACUGGAUUUCUCGAUGGUCUUUUUACAGAGGAUGAAUUGAAUUCCGAAAAUAUAAAAGACAAAGACACCAAGCUUGCGUAUUUAACAAAACUGAUUGACGUUGUGAAGUUGAUUACUGGAAAUAAUCUCAUGGUACGACCCAGUAAGGUCAUCGCUGGACAUGAACCCACUCGAACCAAUGAGUUACUGCAAGCAAUUGGAAAAGCCCUUGACAAAAAGAUCAGCAGCGCAGAAGCAAUAGAGCACUAUAAAAAUAGUAAUGGUAGAUCUAAGGGGCCAGUGAAAUCAAAACUGGUUGCUAAAGAUGAGUCUAAGAAGCCAGUGUCUAGACAGUCUUCACAAUCUAGAAAACCGGUGGAAAAAGAGAAGCCUCCGAUUGAUCAAAAGAAAAAGUCUACAAGCACCAGCAAAAAUGCACCCAAAGAAGUUAAAACCCGUGCUGAGAAUAGACGAGAAAAACUACACGAACAGGAAAAAGAGAAUAAAGCAAAAAAUAAGGGUGGGGAUAAAAAAGAAAAGAUCGUUGAAAUUCCUUCUGCUGAGUCCAAGGAAGAAAAACGGCCAUCUUCGGUGAGGCGACAAAGACGCUCAGCGUCAGUUCAACCCAAGGAAGAUCCUUCAUCACCAAAAACGUUAGACUCCCCAAAAACCAAACCUGCUUUAUCAGAUUCAACAAAUUCACCUACUCACAAAAUGACCGAAUCUUCGUUGCGUAAUACCAACUCGCCGAUAGACAAGCAAGUAAAAUCGCAACAAGGUAAUAACCAAACGGAACAACCGCCUGAUAGAAUAUCAGAACCAGAAACAAGACAAUCUGCUGAAAUAAGGGGAAAAACAAGCGCAAAUGAUGAUGGUUCUCGUAGAAGCUCACAUUCUGAUGGGAGGACAAAGAGAAGUGCAGAAAAAAACUCAGCUCCCUUAGAAGGUGAAUCGAAACCGAAAUCUUCAGCUGGGAACAAAGUAAGAGAAGCAAGUAGCCUGCUGUCACCAAAUCAUAAAUCAUCGAAAUCAGAUACAGUACCAAACAAAUUACAAAAACAGUACACGUUUGAGCAUCCAGGUUCUCCACCACCAAAGCCUGGUCCCCCAGACGAUUCUGCAAAUACAGCAAUAGUUCCUGAGACGACAGUAGUGAGACCAAAAACUUCACUGCGUCCUCCCAGUGCCAGGCCAAUGAGCGCUAGACCUGCAGCUCCUAGGAUGCGAUCAAAAACUGAAUUCAUUUUAAAUGAAGAUAUAACAACUCCAAUGGGCACUGUUAAUGUAAUCGUAGAAAAUUUUGACACAAAAGAGGAAGAUGACGUUGAUGAUAUGGUUGUAAUGGAGACAGGUGGGAGUGGGGAUUCCCUAAACAUCGAUGGAUUAGCUAGGACUGAAAGUCAGCUUUCGGAAGAACAUGGACAUCUGGUAGCUCAAAUCUUGGAGACUCAAAGAGAGUUAAUCAAUACGGACAAUGUCGAUGUUAUGCCCAAGAAGGUGGAGAUUGAAUGGGAAGCAGGAUCAAGAAGAGAUCGUGAAACAGCAAUAAAAGAAGUUGAUAAAUUGCGAAGUUCGAUUCAAACUUUGACGCGAGCGACAAACCCACUGGGUAAACUCUUGGAUUAUUUACAGGAAGAUGUAGAGAUGAUGCAGAGGGAACUCCAUGAAUGGCGAAGUCAAUAUAAUCAAUUGAGUGAACAAUUACGCCAGGAGCAAAUCUCAACAGAAGAGUUUAUAGAACCCAUGAAAGGAACUCUCAAAGACAUCGAAGGUAAUAUCAAAGUUCAGUUGGAUAAAAUACGCCAAGUAAAAGCUGGGAUAAUGAAAAAUGAUCAGAAGAUACAGAGAUUGCUCAAUGGACAUUUGUAGGAAACUAAUUACUAACUUGGUAUCGUAAGAUGGAUAAUUCAACAAGCUCGUACCAACUGCGUAUUAACUUAUUCUCAUACAUGAUACUACAAUAGAUACAAACAUUUUACGUUGGAUGCAAUAGAAAUAUCAAAAUAUAAUACAGCUGCGAUAUAACAUGAUAAAUAGUAUAUCAUAAUCUUUGUUUUAUUGAUUAUCUGUAUUAAUUAUAACAAAUUUUACUAAAAUAAUAGCGACAACUAAAGUACACAGUGUUACAGACCAAACCGAUUGUAUGAAUAUCUGCUGUGUUGCAUUUCAGGUACUAAAUUGUAAGACUUGGGAACGCGACAAAUUAUAAAAAUUUGGCAAUUAUUUCACGCUUACAUGCGUUCUCUGCUUUCUUUUUUGGUCAGUGCAGAAGGAAUCUAUGUCGAGCUAAUUGCAUGUAUUGCUAUUUUAUUUAAUAUAAACUUGUAUCGUCCAACAAAUUAGGUCAUAUAUAGUAAUAUAGUUUACAUAUUUAUUUGGAUGACAGUAAUACCAUACUAUAGCAUAAUAUUAUGACGAUGUUUAUAGACUAUAUCUAAGAUUGCACCAAGUAACAAGGUUUUUUUUUCUUUUGUUUUUUUUUACACUUUAUGCGAUAGAUUAAAGCAGAAUGGAAAUUUUUUAUUAUAACGAAUGUAACCAGAGUGACGAACUCACUGAUAAGUCCUAAUGAACCAUAAUUGAAAAGUGUACCGUGCAUCCUUGGCAUAUGACAAUUAGAAUGUAAGUGCAAAAUGCUAUGUAAAAAUUGCUUGGUAUGCAGUCGAUACACCUCAAUUAUGAAACUUGGCAAGCCGUUAGCAUGCUCCUUUCUAAGGAAAUUGUCCUACAUACAGGUGUAAAUAUUGUACCUAUUUUCACAGCUAUAAUCCUAAUGAAUCAUACAGCUCGUAAUGUCAAUUUCAAAAGAUCAUGCUCAGUUAUUCAAGUAGUCUGGUUGUUAAGUUUUAUAAAGUCUGAUAAUAAACAGAAAGCAAUCUCCUGGAGAUCGGGCGAAGAACAAGAUUUUGAAAACCAAUAAUUGUUCUGUAACAUAAUUAUAAUUCUGACUAUAAAACUUUUCCAUAAUUAUAAUUAAUAUUUUUUACAGUAAUUGUUUAUGCUUAUUAUUCACAAGGUAAAUGUUACUUUGCCCAGCAAACAAAACAGAACCAGUUGAAUCAGAACUUAUACACAUAGAUACAUACAUUGUACAGUAAUUACAAAUUAUUCUAUGUAAUUUAUAGUUCAUGUACAAGUUUUUAUGAUUCUUUACAAUAUUAUUUUCUUUUCUAUGAAUAUAGACUUACCUAUAUACACCUUUGUAUAUCAUUAUGUAUAAUAAUAUAACAGUUUAUUUUUGUGCAAACAUAGAAAUUUAAAUUACAAAAAUGAUCUAUGUCCAUACAUUAUUAUGCAAGGGCUUCUCAGUUUUCA